CACCUCUCGACUUCGGUCAUCGUGGAUUUCUCUGCUCUCCUGCAUUUUGCUCUGCACUCUUCACUGCUCUUUUGUUUCGCUUUUCGCUGCUUCUAAUGCUCGCCCCCACUUCCCCCCUCCCCCGUCCAACACUUUUCGGUGGCUCCAAGUUAGAGCGAGUGAAAGAGAAGGAGAGAGAGAGGCCCCCAAUGAGUGAGAGGUAGCUUGUUUAUCGUUGCCUUUCUUUUGGGCAGUCAGCCCGUUGCUUUUUUUCCUCCUCCUUCUUCUUCUUCUUCUCCUUUCUGUGCUUUUCUUCUCUGUUGUUUUUCGGUUUUUGCAGCUCUGAGCUUCGCUGCUGCUGCGACGUGUUGUUGCCUUUUGUCUGUCUCCUCUUUGGUCUUGUUGCUUUUGUCUGCUUUGCUUUUUCGCCCAGCCAUCUUACACACUCGCACACUCACCCAUACACACCUACAAGCGGAGACUUUUGUAUGUAAAACUGACGUCGUCGCUGCUGCCUCUUCUUGUUGUUGUCUUCUUUCUUUUUUCAGCUUUAUUUUUUUGCACAUUCUCCCUGUUCUCUCUUCUCGCCUGCAUUUUGUGUAUCUCAUCUCGUGUACGCUUUCGCUGCCUUUCCAAUCUCUUCGGCAUCGGGGCAACAACAACGCCAACGAAAAGCUGGCGUCGCCGUCGCCGUCAUCGUUUUCUCUAUUUUCCUCAAUCGCUGUGCCUUUUCAUUUUCAAUUCGCAUAUUUUUGCAAACUCUACUUUCAGUUAUUCGCCGAUAAUUGAUGUCAAAGGACGCAGUUGUGCUCCGCCGGCGUUGUUUCACGUUGCCAUUGGAAGCACCGUUGCCCCGGUAUCGUUCAGUGCCAGUGUGACCAGUUCUCCGGUGUGACCAUGCCUAAGGAGGAUCCGUUCGUGAAUCGCGCCCAGCUCCUGAAGGCGAUCAAGAAGUAUCCGGAGAUCUGGGACUCCAACAACAAGCUGCACAUGUGCCGCAGCGUCACAUCGCCGAUGUGGACGGAGAUCGCCGAGCAGUUCGGCGGUCAUGUGCCGACAGUUAAGCUGCAAUCGAUCUGGAGCCAGAUGAAGUACCACUACCACAACUUGGUCCACCGCCAGAUCCUGCACAAGGAUCGCUUCAAUACCAAGUGGGAGCACUUCGAGCCGAUGUCCUUCAUGUACAACAUAACGGUGGCCAAGAUCGUGGGCGCCCAGUCAAGUGGCGGUGGUGGGGGUGCCUCCUCGGAAGUCCCACCCACAGCCCCUGAACCGCCACCCGUGGGGGAGGAACCUGCUGGGCCAGUGCCGCCACCCCCCUUGCCCACCACCUCCCAUGGUCGCGGACGUCCCAGCGGUAGUUUCAGCUGGCUGGAGACUGCUACCACUCCCACCACCCCCCAGCUGCCGCAUCUCAUUGCUCAGCCGCCCCAUGGUCAGGGUCACGGAAUGACCUAUACCGCUUUCACGGGGCUGGUGCCGCCGCCAGCUGCUGUGGUGUCGGAGGCAGUGGCCACGCCCCCACGGAAAUUGGGCCGCCCCAGUUCGUUGCACAACAGUAUGCGGGGACGUAUCAUCGAUGCCAUCAAAACGCGUCCGUCACUUUGGGCGGGACGCCAGCGGAGCGAGAAGGGACAGGGCCAGAGCAGAACUUCAGCCGUUUGGAAGGAGGCGGCCAUCGAGAUGGGACUCACCCCGACUCUUAUGCAGACGCGGUGGUCGAUCAUCAAGCAGCGCUAUGUGGAUGAACUGCAAAAGGAGCGCCACGCCCAGUACUCCCACCAGGGCUUCCGAUCCACGUGGGAGCACUUCGAUCGGAUGAACUUCAUGCGCGACAUCCUGCUGAAGAAGGUCGACGAGCGGGAGCAGACCCGCGAACAGAUCCAGGAGAUCGUCAGUGAGCAGCAGCACCACCAGCAGCCGCAGCACCACCCGGCGCAGCACUUGCAACACUACCGUCCACCACCGCCGCCAGCAGGAUUGGUGGAGCACGCCCAGGACAUGCCCAUCGGUUUGGUGCAGCACCACCAGCAGGAAGGACACCACCCGCCGUUGCCCAUGCACCACCCCCACCAUCCACAGGCCAUAAGGCGGCGCGUCAAGCACGAAUCCGAUCUCGAGUGGGAUCCCUUUGAGAUGAUCCUUCACGUCCAUGGCGCAGGCGAGCCGGCUGCCAACUGAAGACUGAGAAAAUAAGGACUGUCAAGCUCUAGGCACACCUGAGGAAAACUUUAGAAGGCGAGAGAUCUGCACAGAUUAUUUCUUAACGUCUCUGAUAAAUACUAAAUUUGUAGGUCAAGCUUUUCAAUAUAAUUGAAGAAAAUUUACUCUGAUAGAGAUGGAAAUAUUUAAUUGCUUAUCGAACUUUGUUUUUUUUUUCGAUUCAUACCACCUUAUAUUGUUUAGAAUGAACUCGUUCCAUUUAGGCUUCUUCUCAGGUGCAAUUAAAGUGGGACCUACAAUGUCCUUAAAAUAAUCGUCAGAUGUAAAACCCUUAGCUACACCGCAUGCCCACAUCUAUUGUAAAACCUUUUUGUAAUUCCAUUUUCUACUACUCUGCAAUUGAAUAAAACAUCACUUAGCGAUAUUAAA